AAAAUAGAUAAAUCAAACAUCAAAGUGACAGAGACAGAGUAAAUAAAUGUCAGAAUAUGUCAUAUGUUAUGAUGUUUUGUUAUGAUGAGAUAUUAUAUUUUGUAUAAUACUGCUUUCUGUUGUUUGAGUAAAACACCUGAAAAGUUAUUUGUUUCCUAAUAUAAUUCGUGACAGUAUUUCUCUAUCAGAGUUGAGGAGGAAAUAUAUUUAUUAUGAUUCGACAUCUUCUUAUAAUGUCUGGACUCAGUUCUAGUUGCACUACAGACUGCUCAGGACGCGGUGAAUGUUAUAAUGGUACAUGCAUGUGUGACAUUCGCUUCACAGGAGAUCUUUGUGAUGGCCCUAAUUUUCCAUACCAUGUCGGAAUCGGAGGAGUUUUCUUUUUCAUUAGUUUUACUUGUGCCGUUCAACUCAUUAUAUGCAUUACAUCGGAAUAUGUUAGGCUGAAAGCACCAAGUUUAGUUAGAGCAUGUAAAGUGACCAACCAGAAGUUGAUAUACUUGGUUAUUUGCAUUGCUAGUAUGAUAAGAGGGGCAUACUUCAUAUUUCCUGAAUCUCUGGAAUAUGACUGGUCUAGCAGCUUGCUCUCAGCCUAUUAUCCACUGCUGAUGUCUAGUGCAUCUCUCAUUAUCUGCUACUGGGCUGAGGUGUUCCAUGUACCAGGAAUACGCUGGGAUAAGCCUCAGUUCCUCUCCAAAUCCUAUCUUGGAUUCAUCACGUUCAAUCUCAUCAACUAUGGACUUUUGUUAGCCGAAUUUAUCACUGUCAAAGUUGCUAAACCUCCACCAUUCGAUCCUGGUUUCUAUCAUCAUUUCUUCAAUGGAUGCUAUGCUGUAUUGAUGUUCAUCGUUGUGGUUUUUAUCAAAAUUUUGAAGGUUCGUGGAGGUUUCAUUGCCAAACCGCUUCAUCUGGCCAGUGGAACAUUUGAAACAGAGCCUCUACAAGAUGAGAAUAAUCCAAGGGCUGAAUUCAACAUCUCUCAGCUUAAUCAGUCACGUAUCGGACUUCUGAGCCAAGCCCUCAUGCUGAUCAUCGUAUCUGGUUUUUUAUUUUCGGAAACUCUUUCUGCCUUUUGGAAAAAGAAGGUUCCAAUCAACUCUCGCAACCUUCACCACCUCAUUUUUCGCGUCGUCGAGAUCGGAGUUGCCAUAUGGUAUCCUGCUGUGCUCUGGAACUGUAUGCAACCUGCCGAACUAUGGAUUUUGAAUCCCAGAAAAUUGUUGGCGAAACUUGACCAACAGAAAAGCGAAGAGACUAUUCCAGAUGGAAAUAUCAAAAUCGAGAGCGACGACGAGGCUUUCCUAGACAAACGAGAGUGUUGGAUAUGCUAUGACAUGGAUAAGAAAGAGAAACUCAUCCAACCAUGUGAUUGCACAGGAGACGUGUCCAGCGUGCAUCACGAGUGUCUCAGAAGGUGGUUGAUGGAAAGUGCUUCGUCAAGCAGUGAUCCACCCAAGUGCAAGGUAUGCAAAUAUGAGUACGACAUCUGUAAGAGUGAAGAAGUAAAAUGGGACAAGGGCUUCACUGCUCAACACUGGGGCAGUACCGCUUUCAUCGUGACUUUUAUGUGUCUUACAGUGGCUGGGGCAUGGACUGUUAUCCAACUAUAUGAUAAUUCAUAUAUUAGGAUGGUGAGCGUUAGCUGCACUCUCAUCAUCAUUUAUAUUUGUGUCAGAUUUUUAGGCCAAAAUACUUUGAGCGCUUACCAGCGAGCCAAGGUAGCUGCAUUGAGCAUUAAGGAUCAUGUUACUACUAUCAGUGGCAAUGUAAUGUCUCCAGUUCUUGCAAACACCCAAUCGGAACAAGUGCAAACUGCAUUGUGAACAUUUUGAAAUUGUUCUCGGAUCAGUACCGAACUGAUGAAGUAAAUUUUCAAGUGGAGGAAACAAUUUCUCCUUAAACGAACCCUAAGACAUUUUAAAGAUUCAUGUUGCAGGUAGGAUGAUGUCUAGAAUAUUUCAGUUGUGCCAACGUUUCCAGUUCUGAAUAAUUUUAGGAAGACAGAAUAAUGAUCUUUCAAAUAUGUGUCAGUACUUUAUAAAUCACCGGCAGUUAUUGUGCCAAAUACUAGAGACUACAAUAAUUAAUUUUCUUUCUAGUCCUACCUUAUUUCUUCUGGAAGUUUUAUGACGAUUUUUUUCUAUUUGAGUAUGAAAUGAAUUUCUCAAUUUUACUUUCAAUCCAUAUUUAAUGUGAACGUUAAAAACAUAAUUUCAAUGUUUAUUUCUGUCUUGCAAAAAUAAUUCAAGUUAGCUCAGAUAACUCACAAAUAAUUGAUAGAAAAUAAUUUCGCACAGAAAAAAUUUUAGUGAUAAUAUAUUUUGAAAGGCUAUGCUACAUGCUUUUCAAAUUAUUUUGAUACAUUUUUGUCUGUUUCGAGUGUCAUGUCUCAGAUCAGAUAUUAAAAAAACGCAAAUUAAAUUACUGUCUUGAAGAAAUGCAGAAUAUUGAAAAGAUACCUUCAAAAAUGCCGGUAUUCACAGAAAUAAUGAUCUACCCAAAUAACUUCGUCAAAACAUUGUGUGAAAUUGCAACCUGUAAUUUGUAGAGACAAAAUCUUUACUUUCUCAAAAGCUGAUUGAAAGAUACAGCAAUGAACACUUUGAAACUCCAGAUUUCAUGUGAUUUUUAGAAAACAGCGUGUUGUUUACUUCGAAGUUUCUCAUACCAGUCUAUUAUUGUUUUAUCAAUAAUAAAUUAAAAAAAGUUGGUGUAUUGUCUACAACCAAAAAUGAAGCAGCCAAAUUUUAUAUUGUUCUAUAUAAGAUAGUAAAACAUAUAAAUUACCAAAUUUAUUAAAUAAUCGUUGAUUAUCUUUGUGCAAUAAAAGUGCCAAUAAUAUUAUUGCUUGAAAUAAAAUUGUUAAUAGUAUUUUUUGAUGAUCUCCAAUUUCAGAUUUUGAUACUUUAAAUUUUUGAUAAAAAUAAAAUCUUAAACGUACUAAUUUUAAUGAAAAGAUCAUUAGGUAUGUACACUAAAAAAUUAAAAGUUGAGUAGUAUUUUUGUGUUUGUACAUGUGAAUCCUUCUCUACCUUCUUUGAAUAGCCGAUGUCUAUAAAUUUUACUUUGAAGUUACCCUGAUAAAAAAAUCUAAAGGAUAAUGUUCGGAAAACUGGUUGGACACAGAUUUGUGGAGUAUCUUCUCAUUUUUCGUGAAAAUAAUGUUUUGUAAUAGAAGUAGUAGGUUAUAGCUAAUAAUUGAAGUCAGUAGCUUCUACUAUUAAAAAUCGUAUUGCAACUAGAUGGCUCAAAUUAUUGUAAAUCCGAGUAUAGUUUGUAUUCAAAAACAUUUUUGUAGUGAAAAUUUUUAAUU